CCAAUUCAUUGGCUGUCUCGGCAAAAUCAACACGGUCAUAUAUAUAUCAAUCAUUUUUUUUCUUCUUCUUCUACCCGACGUCGCGUUUAUAUCGGAAUAAUUGAAUCGUCUUCUGUAUAAAAUAAAACAAAACAAAACAAACAGGUGGACAAGUUGAGGACGACGAAACAGCAACUCAUGGUAGCACUGAACAUGACCAGCCAGAACUACGCGGCAGCAGCAGCUCAGAACUCGGUGCUGCGCACCCAGAUGAUGGAGCUGCAGAGCAGGCUCUGCGCACUGCGUGAGAUCAUAUGCCAUAUGUACGCAACAACAACGAAUGUCCAUCCAGCAACUGUCAUGGGCGGUGCUGCUACCUACCAUACUUUUGGCGAAACUGCGUGGAACUCUGGCAGCUGCAGCAUGCAAAUGGUCGACCACUUGUUGCACCAGUGCUUCUAGGCUCUAGCUACGUACAAGGAGGUAGAGGCCAAGACAAACAAAGGCAUGCAUAUAUAUGUAUUCCAUGUUUUGUAAGUAGUGUGUACGUCAUUUGAUUUAAUGUAUAAAAGGGUUUGUGAAAUUAAUUGUGCA